AUGCCGUCUUCAGAGUUAGAUUUAAGCCAGCAAUUUGAGGUUAUGAGUGGCCAAUCGGCAUUAAUACGAAAGUUCGUCUCGGUUCCGUCCAGUACGAGCACUUCUUCAGUUGAAGAGACUAAUAUGGCACUAUUUGAUGUCAGGAGUGGCCAAUCUACGUCUACAAGUGAUAACUGCAGCCAUAUGCAGAGGGCUGAUGUAUUUCGUGAGAACUGUGCUUCAGAGGAAGUUCCGCGGGGAUCAGGUAUAGGUGGUAAGGAUAGUUUGUGCGGGGUUGAAUAUAGUUAUGAUUCAUCUUAUGAUCCAAUGAAAGACGUCAUGAUGUGGAGAGACCCGGUGCCAGCACAAGCGCCGUCCUAUACAGCUGUGAACCCUAAUACUCGGAUAACUUAUCCAAUAUUUGAGCAGGAGGAAGAUAAUAUACUGCCUAGUUAUACACCUGCGGUGUAUGAUGUGGUUGUUGUUUCAGUAAAGCAGGAGUGGCUUACACCUUACGAACCUUGCAUAUCAAGGACGUGGAGAUACUAUGUGAUGGAGAUCAACUCCACGCAGCUGAAUUUUUACGAUAUUGACGCUUCUCUAACGAAGGAAUGUAAACGAGCCAAGCCUGAUGCACUAAACAAACCCGAAGGUAGUGCAAUAACGCUAUCAACGUUAACUAAGUGUGGUAGCUUUUUUUCGUUGCAUUUAGGUAAGGAACCCAUCCGAAUGGAUGCUGAAACAGGCGCACAUAUAAGUGCAAAAGUCAAAAAGGACCGAGGGCAGUACCUGACCCCGGAAAAAUUGCAUGCUUCGUAUACUUUACAAUACUCCAAGGUUGGAAUGCCUACUGACUAUACGAAAAAGCCUUACGUGUUGAGGCUUCGUUGUGAAACCGAGCAAUUUCUUGUUAGCUUCUCCAAUGUUGACGACCUUAUAAUGUGGCACGUGUAUUUGGAUAUUGGGAUUGGUGUCUCGCUUGAUCUGGAUCAAAGAGAAAUGCCGGCAUACAGGACCGUUCCCAGGCGACGUAGACACAACUACAGAAGCCACCGCAGUGGCAGGUCCAAUUGGAAUAGAGAUCCGAUGGUUUCAUUGGGCUCGCUGAGCCGCCAUCCGAUUUUUGGUCGUUUAGAUUUGGGAGCUGAGAGUGCAUUGAUUGAGGAGUUGGAGCUAGGGUUGAUACGCGACAAUGCUUCGCAAGGUGGAAGUACAAUGUCGUUUCCAUCGCCCACAUCAGGGGAAGCUUUUUCUCUCACUGAUACGUUCAGUAUUAGAUCGAGUGACUCGGAGUCGUCUACAACAAGCAUAGGCAACCGACUCAAACAUUUAUUUAUGCCCGAAGAAAAGAAGCAGACGCGUGUAAACCGCUCAGCAUCUGCAUCAACGAGCUUUAGGGCAAGAGCAUGCAGUGUUAACAGCUUGAUGAGUGUUGCAGAGGACGUAAAUCUUGAUGACGAACGUGCUCCGUUGCCUAGGGCUCCUAGCUAUAGGUCCCUAAACUCUAACAAUGAUGCUUCCCACAGGCUGCAAAAGAACAAACUGCCACUGCACAGUAGAGAUAUAUCAUCGCCUACCAGAUUAAUACCAAAAAUACCAUUCCCAAACAUGAUUGAUUCAGUAAUGGAUAGGGAUCCAUAUAACGUGUGUCAUAAUCAAGAUAUGACCACCGGGUUUAGUGGCAGUGCCAAUACGUUCCCGGCAUCAUUGGAAACUAAUGCAGAAAUUGGUAUCGAGAACGAAGCUUUGUCAAUGCAUAGCAAUGGCAACCGUCCUGAAAACCCAAGAACUUCUGUGUAUGCUGAAGAGGAUAUUGACGAAAACAGUGAAGACGAGUUUAUUUUUGGUAGUUCGGCCUCCUAUUAUGCUAUGAGCGCCGCUCACCAAUUGCGCUACAGAAAUAGCUCAGGCUCUUUUGCUAGCAACCUCCACUACAUAAGAUACGAACGCGAUGAUGGUAUAAUGAAAUGGGAACCGCCCAAGAAGCAGGUUUCAAGAAAAAAAUAUAUCCGUGACUCCUUACGGUGUAUAAAGCCAUUGUGUGAAGAUGAAGAAUGGCUAGGGGAUGUUUUGGUUUACUCCCAUAAUACAAAUAAAAGUCAGCAUAAUUAUAAGAGAACCGGUUCUUUCAGGCGAAAGAACAAAGGCAGCUGGUGCGACAGGAAUGAAGAUGCUAUUAACCCCAGUAAUCGGCAACUAAAAGCUUGCAUUGUUGGGCCACACAGCCUAAUUGAUUUUGAGAACAGCUUGGCAUGA